AUGACUGCCCCAAAUCUUUCCUACAGCCUUGAGUACUGGCAGCAGAUAGACCCUCAUGACAGAGACGUGCCAAAUUUGGCUACACCAAACGUCCAAAGCUACGAGAAGGUUAGCCAGCACUUCAUGGCCCACAGUGGCUUUCCACUCGUCCUCCAAGGCGAGCCCGAUGCAUGGGCUUUGGAAAAUUACGACUGGAGCGGCGAAAUGGCUCUGAAAUCGUCUAGCGACUUUGUCCAAAAUUGGCAACUUUACGAUGGCCCGUACACAGCUACCAUGGACGGAGAAAAGAACUUAAACAUGACCAGUGAUUCCUGGAUCCCGGAGUAUCAAACACCGACCAGCCCCUAUGCCCGCCCCGAUCAAGCAGAAAAUCAGCAUCUGCUUUCGCGCAUAGCAGCCGAAAGGGCCCUCUUCAUGACCCCCUCUGUCCACGCCUUGUCUGUGUCUACAUUCCCAGGCUCCCCUGUAUCCGACCACUCCAGUACACCCGAAAUCCCUCAAGCCCCCUUCAGCCGCGGCGGGACCGAACAAGCUAGAGACACAUCGCCAUUCCCCGAUAUGGUGUCUGAGCACAACUCUACCAUGCAGGGUCCCAUAGCAACAGCCUGGAUGGCCAAUGGUCCUACCUGGAACACAGAGGAUGAAGACUUCCCCACAAUGCUAGAAAUGCCCGAUGGAUCAUCCCGUAAGACCUCCAACUGGCUGCCAGUUGAUCCCGAGGCCGGCUUUACAAUUGGAUCGUCCUCGUACCCAGACGGCGUGGAGCUUCAUAUGGGAGGCCUUGAUGAUAUUCGAGGAGCUUUUAUCCCAUCCACUUCGGCUCAGUGGGCACACACUGGGUGA